AUGAAGUCCUUCAUUUCCGUGGCUCCUGACUCUGAUUUCCCCAUUCAAAACUUGCCAUAUGGAGUUUUCUCCAUUGGAGCAGAGGGAACUCGUCACAUUGGAGUAGCUAUUGGAGAUCAAAUUCUCAAUUUGGCUGAAGUCGCCACACUUUUCGAUGGACCAGAAUUGAAGUCACAUCAAGAUGUUUUUAGACAGACCACUCUCAACGCAUUUAUGUCACUUCCACGUCCAGCUUGGUUGGAGGCUCGUACUAAGAUCCAACAGUUGCUCAGUGAUAAUUGUGGAAUUUUGAGAGACGAUGCUACUCUCAGAAAGCGCGCCUUCCUAGCUCAAGCCGAUGCCACCAUGCACUUGCCUGCUCAAAUUGGAGACUACACGGACUUCUACUCCUCCAUCCACCAUGCCACCAAUGUUGGAAUCAUGUUCCGUGGAAAAGAAAACGCUUUAAUGCCAAACUGGAAGUGGCUUCCAGUCGGAUACCACGGAAGAGCCUCCUCGGUUGUAGUGUCUGGAACCGAUUUGAAGAGACCACUCGGGCAAACUAAAGCUCCAGAAGCUGACGUUCCAUCUUUCGGCCCAUCAAAAUUAAUGGAUUUUGAACUCGAAAUGGCAUUCUUCGUAGGAGGACCAGAAAACAAAUUGGGAACUCGCGUACCAAUUGAGAAAGCUGAGGAUCGCAUUUUCGGAGUUGUUUUGAUGAACGAUUGGAGUGCUCGCGACAUCCAAGCCUGGGAGUACGUGCCACUCGGACCAUUCCUUGCCAAAUCUUUCUCCACAACUAUCUCCCCAUGGAUUGUGUCUAUUGAGGCUCUUCGCCCAUACUUUGUCAAGAAUCCAACACAAGAUCCAACUCCACCAGAAUAUCUCCGCCAUGACGACCCAUUCACUCUUGACAUCAACUUGGCUGUUACUAUCCGCCCAGAAGGAGACACUGUGGAUCAUGUCGUUUGCAAGACUAACUUCAAGCACUUGUACUGGACUCUGAAGCAACAACUCGCUCACCAUACUGUCAACGGAUGCAAUCUUCGUGCUGGAGAUCUUUUGGGAUCAGGAACUGUUUCUGGGCCAGAAGAAGGAGCAUACGGAUCUAUGCUUGAGUUGUCGUGGCGCGGAGCCAAAGAAAUUCCAGUUGGAAACGAAGUUCGCAAGUUCUUGAAGGACGGUGACGAGGUCAAUCUCUCCGGUGUUUGUGACAAGAAUGGUGUGAGAAUUGGCUUUGGACAGUGCCGUGGAAAACUUCGCCCAGCCGAUAUCUAA